AUGUCGAAGACAGAAAAAUCAUGCGUAGGAGAAGAUUCUACGAUCACGAACAAGUUCGGAGAUCGUCCUCCUUGUACAUAUUCCAUGAAGAUCCAAAGCCUAUCCGAACUCAAGACUCUCUUCUCUUGUACUGACGGAUACAAAUCCCGUACAUUCUCCUCCGGCAAAUACAACUGGAAUCUAGUUAUAUAUCCAAACGGGAACAAGAAGGACAACGGAACCGGAUUUAUUUCAAUGUAUGUGGAAUUAGAUAAAACAAACCUCACGUCCACUGUUUUGGCAUAUCUCACCUUCUUCAUCUACAACAAGAAAGAAAAUAAAUACUUAACAAUUCAAGAUGUUGAAGGGAAGCAGUUCAAUGCAGUAAGACCGGUGUGUGGAUUUCCACAAGUGCUUCCGCUUGAUACAUUCAAUGAUCCUAAAAACGGAUAUGUCUUCGACGGAGAUCAAUGCGAGUUUGGUGUUGAUGUGAUGGUUCCACUUACCAACUGGGAACUUGUCUCCUUUUCUCAGAAGCCCUCUAAUCCUAAGUUCUCUUGGACGGUUUCGAAAUUCUCCAAGUUGAAAGAUCAUUGCUACGUAUCACCAAAAUUCUUAGUUGGAGGAAAGAAUUGGGUUCUAAAGUUGUAUCCCAAGGGCUACUCUACAACAUAUAGCAAAUUUUUAUCUCUCUUUCUGCAUUUAGCUGAUGGUGAAACAUUGAAGGCCGGUGAAGAGAUUUACGUGGGAACGGAUGUGCGAAUUCUGGACCCAGUUGGAUGCAGUCACGUGUCAUGGAACAUGAAAGUAUGGUACAAGAACGUGAAAGGUUGGGGUUGCUAUGAGUUUGCGUCUUUAGAUAGACUUCGGAAGAGUUACUUGGACAAAGAAGGAUCUUUGAAAGUGGAGGUCGAAUUUGAAGUUGUUUCUACCACCAAAUACUCCUCAUGA